GUACGAGGUUAAAUCGUUUUGUACCUGGAUCGGAUUUUUGCAGUGUAUUUAAGCCUGAGUAUAGUACUUUAAACUUACGCUACUUGUCGUCAAUCAAAACAAUAACAACACUCGCACGUUUCACUUGUUUUCUGAUAGACUCAGCUACUAAUUUUAUCGGUUGAAUUUACAAGAUACUUCUUUAGUUUUUCAUGAUGAGUGUCCGGCAAAAGAUGACCUUGGUCCAAAAACUUAAAUCCACCGCUGUUGUUGCAACAUUCAGCACCGGUGCUUUCGUCGGCAUUAAUAUCUACAAGGGCAGCGAUAAGUUCUACGACAACUUGCUUAUGCCAUUUAUUCACCUAUUCGAUCCCGAAUCAUGCCACCGAAUGGCUGUGUUCGCGUGUAAAUAUCGUUUGUUCCCCAGAGAGAAACAGAGUGAUCCUAAUUCGUUGUCGGUCAAAUUCUUCGGUCAUGUCUUGAGCAAUCCGUUAGGAGUAGCUGCUGGAUUAGAUAAGCAUGCCGAAGCGGUCGUUGGACUGAAUGACAUCGGAUUUGGAUUCGUUGAAAUUGGAUCGGUUACCCCCUUGCCACAAGAUGGAAACCCAAAACCGAGGGUGUUUCGUCUAAGUGAAGACAAAGCAAUAAUCAACAGAUACGGUUUCAACAGCGUCGGUCAUGAAGAGGUAUACCGACGCAUUCAGGCAAUUCGUAAAAGUUCAGAAGGAACUGGCACAGUGAUUGGUGUCAAUCUAGGCAAAAAUAAGGAAUCAACGGACAACUCGAAGGAUUACGUUCUGGGCGUGGAGCGAUUCGCACCGAUUGCCGAUUAUUUGGUGAUAAAUGUAAGCAGUCCAAACACACCCGGUCUACGAAACUUGCAGCAUCAGAGCCAAUUGAGGCAACUUCUGUCGAAUGUUAUCGAAAAACGGAAUGCAGUCACAGCGAGCGGUUAUCCGUAUGUACCGAUACUGUUGAAACUAGCGCCCGAUCUCACCGACGAUGAAUUGAAUCAAAUUGCCAAGGUGAUCCAACAAAAGGGGAGUGUGGUCGAUGGUGUCAUUAUUUCGAAUACAACCGUGGACCGACCAUUCAGUUUGAUGAACGACAAUCGGAAAGAAAUUGGCGGAUUGAGUGGAGCACCGUUAACUGAUCGAUCGACUGAAUUGAUACGUCGAAUGUAUCAGCUGACCGGUGGUAAUGUUCCGAUCGUUGGAGUUGGUGGUAUCUUUUCCGGGAAAGACGCGUACGAUAAGAUACUGGCCGGUGCCAGUGUUGUUCAAAUUUAUUCCUCGUUCAUUUACCAUGGGCCUCCGGUUGUGGCUAAGAUUAAAAAGGAGUUGAAUGGCCUGUUGAAGGAAAAUGGUUACAGGAAUGUUGCUGACGCUGUUGGAAAGGGAACGAGAAAAAUGAAAUAAUUCGAAAGCUUAUGCCGUUGUCUCGGCCUGUGUAUUUACAAAGAAAAGUUUCCUUUUGCAAUGA